AGUGUGAUGUGGAAAAAUGGUAUAAAACUCUUUGAAGUGCUAUCGAUUACAUCAAAGUUACAGUUCUAAAAGCAUCGAUUGAUAUCGGGCAAUUAACGAAAACUAUUGUGAGAUACUCGUAUUGUAAAAGAAGAAGAGUGUUUGCAAAAAAUUUCAGUUUCAAUACAUCCCGCAAUUUAACUAAAAUAUACGGAUACUAAAUAUUUCAUGUCUUAGGAAGCAAGCGUACAAUCUACGAAAUGAUGCACAUUUCCAAGACAGUGCAGCUGAAAUGCCGUACUUGUUUAGAUGCCACAGAAAAGAAGUUCCACUCUUUGAAUGGCCAACUUGUGAAGGACGACCAACGAAAGUCUCUGGCCGAAUUUCUGUGGGACAUAUCGAAAAUGGAUAAUGCUUCGGAUAGUGCCAAAAUGUUACCACAACAGAUAUGCGAUAGUUGUUUGCGAAAAUUAAAAAUUGCAUUUUCAUUUGUGAUGCAAGUUCAGAAGCUGAAUGGGUGCAUAUUAUCCAAGAAUGAUGAAAGUGCCACUGCGGAUAAAAAAGAACAUGCCCGCAUGGACUACCAUGAUGAAGCUCCAGAAUGUUUCGUCGACUGCAAUACAUCAUUUUCGCAAUGCCUGGAAGAUCCCAUAGCCAUUUCACAGCCACGGAAAAGGAAGUUUUCGUCGGAAUAUAGUAAUGACUGGGAAGAAGACCACCAGGAAAGGCGUCAAUAUUUCAGUGAAGAUUCUGCAGCUUCGAGCGCAUCAGGAUUAGAAGACAAUGUAAGGGAUAGAAGAAACCCAAAAUAUUGUAAAAAUGAAUGCCACAAAGAAAUGAAAUCCAUGCUUCAUGAUUUGAUGAACAUACAGAAACAGAUUAACACCAGAGUUAAAGGUGUUGUACUAUAUACCAACAUUAAUUUGCCUGACGAGGGGGAAAAUACUAGCCAGAAUAAAAACGUAGCGGGGAAAGACAAAAAAAGAUUUCUAUCAGGCAACCAUAAGUCUGACCAAGGUGACCGUAGGGAAUCGGUACGGAGUUGGUUCCCAAUAUCUUCCAUCGAGGAGGCACUAAGAGUUGAGAGAAAAUUACGAAGCCAUGAUUAUGCACAAGAUGUUAUUGCUUAUUUAAAGGGCAUGAAAGGAUAUGGAGUUGGCGACGUUUUACGCUUUAUUUUUAAAGAUGAUCUGGUAGAGCAAUAUAAUCUCGACGGAAGACAUGGAAAGUUGUCACUUAAUAAAUUUGAUUCAAUUUUAAAAUGCGUUCAAACCAUAUUUUCCAAUCUACCUUCCAAUGAAUUUUUAAGAAUGGUUCGUAAAUAUGUAGAAAUGUGUCAUAAUCGAAAUAAGCAGAAGAGACGUAAAUUGAGGAGAACACAAGAUUUCACCGGCGAGGCAAAACAGAUAGAAUUUCGUGAUGAAAUAACGGUACACGACGAAAGUGCGAAGAUAGCUCAUACAGUUGCGGCUGAAAUCAAUAAUGAAAGUGAGCAAAUAUAUGAUGAAUUAUUAUAUGAAGACCCAUUUGUAUCAGACACUCAGUGUAAUGAUGAAGUGCGAAUAGCCUCAUUAAAACCAGCAAUUGAUACUGAACGGUGUGGUAAAGGAACUCAACCCGCUAUUGAAGCAUCGCCACCAGAGAAACGUCGUAAAGAAAUGAAACAUGAGCCUUUGGUUCUUGACAGUCCCGAAGAAAGCCAGCUGCCUGGAGGUUCAGGCUGCAAGUCGAUUUCAUUCAAGUUAGAUCGAACUAAGAGCAAAGGUAGCAAAUCAACAAAACUUACGGAAAUUUCCAUGUUGUUUCCUUUAUCAACGCAUGAAAAAGUAUGUGAAGUUGAGGAGAGUCUUAAGGACCCUGAUUACGCUGAGAAAAUUCGUGGACAUCUGAAUGUAAUGAAAGACUAUAAAGGUGAGAUCGAAAAAGUACUACGUUGCAGUUUCAAAGAUAAUAUCAUCGCAGAUUAUAAUUUGGAGGGUAUUAAAGGGAGACGCUCAUUUCGGAAUCUACAACUCAUUUCAGAUUGCCUUUAUAGUGUAUUUCCAGAAAUCACGAUGUUUGACUUCUCGAAAGAAUUGCGCAGGUAUAUCUAUAUGAGUCACAACAGAUAUAAGCAAAAAAAAUUAAAAUCGAAACGUCAUUUGUUCUAAGUUCUGAGAAAUACUUCGUAAUUAAGUUUCGAACAUGAUUCAAUAAUAAAUAAUUAUAAUAAUAAUUAUUGAAUCAUGAGUUUCAAGUACUUUUA